AACAGUCUUUAAAAUUCGGUGUAAUUACGCGAAGUUAAAUUGUUUGCGAACUGACUUCGUGCAGUUAACAUUUCAAAUAGACUGGUGAGAAAGAACCUCUAGUGGAAAAGUGACGGAUUCGAAUUUAAAUUUCAAAUAAAUUAAUUAAAACGGAUAAUUCCGUGUAAAUAUUUAAGAACUUUUAAACGGAACGAGGCGUAUUUAUAUGGAUUUUUUUGUUUGUUUUGGAAAAUGAAAGAUUUUAAAUCUUAAUUGAAGAAAAAGAACAUUAUCCUGUUUUAAAGUGAAGUGUUGAAAGCAAUUAAAUAUUUUAUAAUAAAAAAAGAAAAACUGUAAAAAAUCCGAAAGAAAUAUUUUUUGUGAAAUUAAUAUAAAAAUAAGAAAGUGAAUUCGGUCUAUAAAGGAUUAUUACGAAAUUUAAUUUUAAGGACUAAAAGAAAAACAAAUAGAGAUGUCUCCUAAUAUUAUAGGCAGUACUUUUAUUUUGGCCGAAACAGCCAUUUCUAAUACAGAUGCCAAUAACAAUAACAAGGCAAAUGUAAUGCAGUCAUCGGCCGGCAAUGCUGCUUGUCCAGCAGCCACUGCCCCAGCCAGUGGCAGUAAAACCAACAAGACAAAUGAAAGCGCUUCGUCAAAGGUGACUGCUGUCAAUAGCGUUAAGAGCAGUACCAAACAGGAAGUGGUCCAAAAGAAACCGUACAAGAUGGAAAUUGUCUGGCACAAUGUGUUGUUGUUCAUCAUUUUGCACAGUGCUGCACUUUACGGAUUAUAUUUGGUGUUUGCUGAAAAUGCCUACAUAGAUCUUGCACUCUCUUACUUUGUUGUGUUCUUUGGUGGUAUGGGCAUCACUGCUGGUGUACAUCGUUUGUGGUCUCAUCGUGCUUAUAAGGCUAGAUUACCCCUGCGUAUUUUCCUUAUGCUGUGUCAAUCUUUGGCUUUCCAAAAUAGCAUUUACGAAUGGACUCGUGAUCAUCGUGUUCAUCACAAAUUUACCGAUACCGAUGCUGAUCCUCACAACUCGAGACGUGGUUUCUUCUUCGCUCACAUGGGUUGGUUGAUGUGCAGAAAACAUCCCGACGUCAAGGAAAAAGGCAAACAAAUCGAUAUGAGUGACUUGGAAGCUGAUCCCGUUGUUAUGUUCCAAAAGAAAUAUUACUUUAUCAUUAUGCCCAUCUGUUGCUUCGUUUUGCCCGCCCUCUUCCCCUACUAUUAUUUGGGAUCAUCUCUCAAGGUGUGCUUCUUCGUUGGUUCCAUGUUCCGUUAUUGUCUGUCUUUGCAUGGCACUUGGUUGGUAAACAGUGCUGCUCACUUUUAUGGCAUGAAACCCUACGACAAGAACAUCAGCUCCGUCAACAAUAAAAUGGUAUCGGCUAUUGCUUUCGGCGAAGGUUGGCACAACUAUCACCAUGUCUUCCCUUGGGAUUACAAAGCAGCUGAAUUGCCCAACUACUAUAACUGGACUACUGGCUUUUUGAACUUCAUGGCCAAAAUCGGUCAAGCUUACGACUUGAAAACUGUAUCCGAUGAAAUGUUAUUGAAACGUAUCCAACGUACUGGUGAUGGUUCUCAUCCAUCUUGCAUUGACUUAAAUAACAACACCAGCGGGUCUGUUAUUACCCCUGAAAUGCUCUCGAAACUCGAUCAUGACAAUGAAGAGACCAUGGUGUGGGGUUGGGACGACAAAGAUGUUCAUAUAGAAGAUCGUUUGGGUACCAAAAUCAUCGAAAAGAAAGAAGAUUAAAUCCUCUAUUCUCUCAAAGAGAGACACCAUUAAUUACAAAUGUGUGAGUAGUGCCCACACAUUGAAAACAUGAGAAUACGAGAGCGAAUGAAUUAAACAAUUUUAUAUUAUAAGAAUAUGGUUUCUGUUUCUCUAUCGCUAAUGAUCAGAAGUACAGUAUUUAAUUUAAUUUCUUUUUAAAUUGAUAUCUGUUACUUUCCAUAUAUACUGGUUAUAUACUGAUCUUAGUUUAAAAAUCCCACAUUUUAUUCUCCCACUUUACAAUUCCUCCUGUAAUAUUUUCAAGUAUAAAUCUUUCGUUCUUGUAAAAAUGUAAAAUACAAACAAACAUGUAGUAUAAAGUAUCUGCGCAGAGGUUCUAGUUUUACCAAUUGAUAAGUUUAUUAAGUUUAUUAUUAUUUUAUUAAGUUUUAGCAUAAAUUACAACUUUAAUUUUAAUAAUAGUAAUUUUGUAGUAAACGAGAUAAAAUUAUUUGAUCAAUUAUAGUUAUGUAGCUGUAUGUGUAUGUAUUUGUGAAAGAUCAAUCAAUUUAUAUUGUAAACUUCAUAUAUGCAAACUUAAGUUUAACAACUUGAGGAAGCUGCCAUUGAUCAAUUAAUUUGAUGUCCAUCAUUUAUAAUUAUUUUUAAUUAUUAAUAUUUCGUUUACUGGGUUAUACCAUGUAGUUUUAUAAUUUAGUUUUGUUUUUUGUAUAGAAUUGAGCAAAAGGUUUCCCCCAAAAUAUUAAUUAGUUUAAGUAAAUAGUUUAAGGUGCAUUUAUUACAUUUGUACAUUUCGAUAUACAUAAUAACCAAAAAUUUAAAUUUACAAACUUACAUUAAACAACUAAUUAAUUUAGUAUAAUAAUACUCUAAAACAACGAGUAAAAUACAAAAUUAAAAUAAAUAAAAA